CUUCUCCCCAUGAAACCUACCGUUCGUGCUACCUAUCGGAUGAGUGCUGCCAAGCUGCAAGAAGUCCAGAAGCAGCUGGAAGAGCUUCUUGAGAAAGGCUUCAUCCGAGUCAGUACCUCUCCCUAUGCAGCACCAAUUCUCUUCGUGAAGAAGAAGGAUGACAGCAUGCGAAUGUGCAUCGACUAUCAGGCACUCAACCAAGAUUACCAUCCAAAGAACUGCUACCCUCAGCCACAUGUGGAAGAACUCUUUGAUCAACUCGACAAAGCCACAAUUUUCAGCAAGCUGGAUCUCUGAAACGGAUAUCAUCAAGUUCAUGUC